AUGCCUCCGCGGGUACGCAUCACGUCGCUUCGACGACAGGCUCUGCGAUGCCCCCAAGAACUCCGAAUCGUGUGCAGGAGCGCCAGCACCGCUGCUGCUCCAGCAAUUACACCAGCUGCGCCCAUUGAGCAAAUGACACGGUCAAAAGCUCCGAUCUCGAAGGCUCCUCCCGCUCAGCUGCCAUCGCACCGCAACCCCGAAUACCGCCGGUCACAACUCCUGCGACAAUACACCUCCCUUCUCCGCACAUCUCCUCUCAUGGUCAUCUUCCAACACAACAACCUGAAGUCUAUGGAAUGGGCCUCAAUCCGACGAGAGCUUACCAAAGCGCUCCAAAAGGUGGAUGAGAAGAUUGCUGCCGAGGGCCGGACAGCCCCGGAACUGGCGCCUUACAUCAAGCUGCAGACCAUCCAGACCAGCAUUUUCGAGGUCGCGAUCCGCAUUGUCGAGUACUUCCGACCCAAUGAGGCCUCGCUGGCUGCCGGACAGCCCCCAAGCGCUGUCAACCCUGUCACACAAACAUCCGCCGAGUUGCCGGCUAUCUCCGGCUCCAAGGAUGACCCUUCUUUGACCCACGAUUUGUCUCGCGCUGCCCACGCUGCAGUGAAGCACUUGAAGGGCCGACAUGAGCUUGCCGACAUUCUGGUCGGCCCCGUGGCGAUUCUCUCCAUCCCCGCCGUCUCACCCGAACAUAUGAAGGCCGCCCUGUCGAUUCUGACGCCCAAGGAAGCUGGAUUCCCUGCGCCCACCCGCAAAGGCAACCCGGAUUACCACGACCCUAUCGUCCAGAACGGUCUGCAGAAGAUUAACCUCCUCGCCGCGCGUGUGGAUGGCAAGGUAUUUGAUACCACCGAGACCAAGUGGAUCGCCGGAAUCGAGGGCGGCAUGGACGGCCUGCGCUCUCAGCUCAUCAUGGCCUUGCAGAGCAUGGGAUCCAGUGUCACCAGCACUCUGGAGGGUGCUGGCAAGAGCUUGUAUCUCACCAUGGAGAGCCGGAGAAGCGUUUUGGAGCAGGAGCAGCAGCCCGAGGGCGAGAAGAGCGAAUCGUCCUAG